AAGGAAGUACUGAACCAAACUGCUUGGGCAAAUUAAUUUGACAAAUCAUUCGCUAGAUUCGGAUAAUUGUUGUUAGAUUACCAAGAACGGUAGAAUAUCACAACGGUAUUUUUUUCAACCAGAGCAGAUAGCAGUUCAGAUGGAAGAGAUUCUCUCAUGGAGCUACACAGCGCGUUUCGUAGACUAAUAACUAUUAUCUUUCUAGCUAGGUAGAUAAGAUACACCCAUCUUUCUGAGUAGGGUCUGACGGACGAGAUGAAUAUGAUCACAUUCUUCAUAGCUGGACUUCUGGUCCAUGUGGUCUUCUUCAUCUCCAUAUUCGACAUCUACUUCACGUCGCCCUUGGUUCAUGGCAUGAAGCCACAGCAUCUUCCCCUGCCCCCUCCAGCCAAGCGCCUUGUGCUGUUCGUGGCAGAUGGCCUGAGAGCCGACAGCCUCUUCAAGCCUGAAAUUAACGGGACUGUCCGGGCACAAUACUUAAGGAGUGUCAUUGAGGAGAGGGGUGCGUGGGGGAUCUCUCACACACGUGUGCCCACAGAGUCCCGCCCGGGUCACGUGGCUCUCAUAGCUGGCUUUUACGAGGAUGUUAGCGCCGUGGCCAAAGGCUGGAAGGAAAACCCAGUGGAGUUUGACUCGGUGUUUAAUGAAAGCAGACACGCCUGGUGCUGGGGAAGCCCGGAUAUUCUGCCCAUGUUUGCUAAAGGGGCCAGUGGAAGCCAUGUACACACAUACACCUACCCUGCCACCAUGGAGGAUUUUGCCUCCACUGACGCCUCCAAGCUGGACACGUGGGUCUUCCAUGAAGUGAAGGGCUUCUUUAACUCUGCAAAAGAGAAUCAAACUCUCCUGUCUAUAUUACACGAAGAACAGACUGUGUUUUUUCUUCAUCUUUUGGGUAUAGAUACCAACGGACAUGCCCACCGGCCCAUGUCUAAGGAGUAUCUAGAUAACAUUGGUUUGGUUGAUGAUGGAGUGGCUGAAAUGGUCUCUGUAUUUGAGGAAUUCUAUGGGAAUGAUGGAAAAACAGCAUAUGUUUUCACAUCCGAUCAUGGCAUGACAGACUGGGGAUCGCAUGGAGCCAGCCAUCUCUCAGAGACCCUCACUCCUCUAGUUGUGUGGGGGGCUGGGGUCCAGAUUGCACAGAGGACCUUCACCUCACAAACCUAUGAUGAUAACUACCUGGAAGAAUGGGGCCUGGAGACAUACAGAAGGAUCGACGUUAACCAGGCAGACAUAGCACCUCUUAUUUCGACUCUUAUUGGAGUACCCAUUCCACUCAACUCUGUGGGUGUCCUGCCACUGCAGUACCUCGACAACAGCCAGCACUUCAAAGCCGAGAGCAUGCACGCAAAUGCCAUUCAAAUACUAGAGCAAUUCAAGGUGAAAAUGAAACAGAAAGAGGAGACGACUUUAUCUUUUCUCUUCACGCCGUACCAAUUCCUGACUGAUUCUAAGCAGGCUGAAUUUGUGCGUCACGCAAGAGAGCUGAUACAGAUUGGGCGUUUUGACGAAGCGAUUGAUGGCUGCCAGGCCUUGAUAGGCCUGGCCCUGGAGGGCCUGGCCUACUACCACACCUACGACCGCUUCUUCCUGGCCUGCAGCGUGCUCCUGGGCUUUACCGGGUGGACGGCCUACGUCAUCCUCAUCAUCCUGAAGACCCAUGCGGGUUUGCGCAAGCCCCCCACCAGUAGAAACGCGGUGUCUGGAAGUGGUCUGGGGAGUGUGUUCGUGUCUGUGGGCCUACUUGUGGUUCUCCUUCUGCUGCUGCAGGCCAGCCCCAUCACCUACUACAUCUACUAUCUGCUGCCCGUGGUUGUGUGGUUCUACGUUCUGAAAGAAUCUUGGCUCUUUACCGAUGUUAUAAGAUCAGUCCACCGCCUUCCGCUGAGCAAGUGCCUUGGAUAUUUGAUACUUUUUGCAUUUGGGGUAGAACUACUGGUUGCUGGGUUUUUCUUUCGGGCUGUGCUGACCCUGGGGCUGAUGGCACUGGCACUCUGGCCUUUCAUCUCAGGCCUUUACAGGAGAGCAAAGUCCAGGACGGUGAGCUGGGUCUUGAGCUGCUUGUGCCUCUCUGUGUUCCCUCUGUUACCUGCUGUUGGAAGAGAGCCCAACACCAACUAUGUGUGGUGUGCCGGAGCUCUCACUGUGUUCCUCUCACUUUGCUACCUGUGGUCGUCACACAGGUGUCUGCAUGGGAGAGACCGCCACCUGUUCGUCGGCCAGGUGCUUCAGGUAGCGCUGUGCACCUACGUGCUGGCCAGCACCCACUCCAGCCUGCAGCAGAAACGAGGCCUACCACUCUUCAACCAGCUUGUUAGCUGGGCCACGCUGGCGUCGUCUUUUGUUUUGCCUCUGCUGAGCUCCACGCGACUCUUCCACCGGCUCUUAAGCAUCCUCAUGGCCCUGGUGGGGGUCUACCUUCUCCUCAGCACUGGGUAUGAGGCGCUCUUCCCUCUUGCACUGUCAUGGCUGAUGUUUGGUUGGAUCAACAUGGAGCAGGAGACCAUGAGCACACAGGGCAUGUCCAACAGAACUGAGCUCUCCAGCUUUGACUUCACUGAAACGAUCGACUUAACCAGAAUCAGACAGCUGAGGCUGGAUGAUAUCCGAAGAUCAUACUUCUUUGUGUUCUUCAUAAUAAUUGCAUUCUUUGGCACAGGAAACAUUGCCUCCAUAAACAGUUUUGACCCAGCAUCUGUCUACUGCUUUCUAACAGUCUUCAAUCCUUUCAUCAUGGGUGGACUGUUGAUGUGGAAGGUCCUUAUUCCCUUUGUGAUCGUAAUGUGCGCAUUUGAAAGCAUCCAAGUGUCGACGCGGCUUUCCUCGAGAAGUCUUUUCCUCAUCGUGCUUGUCAUCUCCGACUUGAUGGCGCUGCACUUCUUUUGCUUGGUGAAGGACUAUGGAAGCUGGCUUGACAUUGGCACUAGCAUAAGUCACUACGUCAUUGUCAUGUCCAUGACCAUCUUCUUGAUGCUUCUGAGUAUAAUGACACACAUCCUGACAUCAAGGAGAAUUGUAAUUGGACGAAAAAUGAAGAUGCACUUUACAUGAGGACAAGUGGAUGGGCAUUUUACUAAAGCAGCACAAGAAGGUCUGUUCUUAUGUAAAAUUUAACAAAAACAGAAACCAAACAAAUCUAGUGACUAGACAACUAGCCAGUUUGUUGUGUAGGCAGUGUGUUGCCACUUUAUUAUUUAAAUUAUUAAUACAGUUGGCAUAAUUAUUUUCAUAGAAAAGUGGCAAAAGAUCAGGUAACUGGACUGUGAUGGUUGGAGGAAAUGAACUGCACACAACACCUGUGAAAAUGUUCUGUGUGUCAAAAAUGGCACUCAUCCGUUAGUUUGGUCUCUGCACAGUGACUCAUUUGUUACAGCUGGAAAUAGUGAUAGCUGUGGUGCUUUUGUGUGUUAUGCAAAUUUCACUAUUGCCAAAUUCAUUAGUAAUAUGUAAAAUGUUGAGUGGUGGUAUGGUUAGUUUUCAUGUCAAAGAUCAACAAAGCCCUUUAAACUGGAGCAUUUGUUUUUCUUUUUGUGCUGACUUUUGUUUUAGUCUGUCAUGGUUGUGAUAUAUUUCAACUGUGAAUCAGCUUAAGGAAAAUAAUCACUUAUGUUCUAUGUUGCUCUAUGCCAAAGAUGCAGUGUGUAAUGUAACUGAACUGAGAAGACAUUUUUACUUGAAUUGAUGUUUAACUCAUAGGUCAUUAAUUGGUGAGAUGGUACAGUUAUGUAUUUAUUAUUUCAUAUGUCCUAGACAAAUAAAAAUAAUUUCAGAGAUUGUCA